AUGGACCUCGAUAUGCAUCCGAGGAAGAUGGAUACUGAAUACUACGGCAGUGAAUACAGCUGGCCUCUUACCAUUGCAGCGAGCAGCACCAGCGAAGGAGUCGUGCACAUGCUGAAUGAGAACGGCGCCCAAAUAGAUGGAGCCAAGCUGGACAGAGAAACGCCCUUCUGGGUACAAUCCACGGGCCAAAUGGGCAUCGUGCCUCAACGUAUCAAUGUUGCGUCCGCAGCCAAUCGCCAUGACGGCAACGGAUUGAUCGCUCUGUUGUAUGCAAUCCAUGCGCCUAUUAGAAGCCUCGCGCGACCUCUUGUAGACAAGAAGGUUGAUAGACGCCUUGGGCGAAGAAGGCAGAACAGCAAGUACUAG